AUGAAGCUCAUCGACCAGGCAGCAUCUCUGAUUUCCCCGCCUCCGCCAGACGUUUUGUAUUCAUAUGGACAGUACGGCGACCACAUUAGAGCCCUCGAACAAAAAGGAAUAAAAACAAUGCAAGGGGUGCCGGGCGAAGAAACGCUGCGCAAUUUGAGGCCCCACUCUCUCCUUGUUCUGGAUGAUCAGAUGAGUGCAGUGGACGAAAAGUGGUUGGUUGAUGUUUUUGCGAAAAAGUCACACCACAUGCUGUUCAACGUCAUCUUUUUGACACAAGAUGCGUUUGAGAAAUCGUUGAAAACCGUGAGGAUGAAUGCACAGUAUCUUGUCCUGCUAAAAGCUCCAAAUUCCCAACUCCAUGUCCGAGUUUUGGGCUCGCACUUGUUUCCUCGCAAGCGUGGAUUUGUUGAGGCAUACAAUGACGCAACAGAGAAGCCCUACUCCUACCUGUUGAUCGAUCUGCAUCCGCGAACCAAAGACACGCUGCGUCUUCGUGCAAACAUUUUCCACGGCGAAAUGACCACGAUUUAUCAGUUAUAG